CUUUGGAAGUGAUCCCAGACACUGUAAACCUUGAAGAACCUUUUGGCAUCGUCUGUAAAAUCACCAACUGCAGUGAAAGAACCAUGGACCUGGUGAUGGAAAUGUGCAACACAAGGUCCAUCCACUGGUGUGGAAUCUCAGGACGACAGCUUGGCAAACUCAGUCCUGCUGCCUCCCUGUCGCUGCCGCUCACCGUCUUCUCCUCUGAGCAGGGUCUGCAGAGUAUUUCUGGACUGAGACUCACUGACACUUUUCUAAAGCGGACAUACGAAUAUGACGACAUUGCACAGGUGUGCGUGGUCUGCCCGUUUAUGAGCAAUGAAUGCUAGAACUUUUAUUCGCCUUUAUUUGCAUUUUAGAUAUGAAUGGACCAACUGUGGAAUUCUGCACUAAUACUUCACUUUUUUGUUGUUGUUUUUUUUUGCAACUGAAGAGGACAAUUCUGUAUUUUAAAAUGAAUUGUGAAUAAUAUAAAUUGUUUCCUUUGAAAAUAAAAAUGUAAAUCUGUGUAAAUGAAUACAUUCUGUGCAAACUUUGGAUUCCCUCAUUAAUACUAACAUGCACAACAUAAUGAUACUCUUAGAGAAUUUGGCUUUGUUUAACCCUUAAAACACAUUUUGUUCUUAUUGUAAACAUUUUUAUCAGCACAAACGUUGCGCAGAUGUAAGAUGAUUAUACUAAAUGGUGGGUGGGGAGAAAUAAAAAUACAUUUCAAUUCCUCACACAGUAACGGUAGUAGUUUUAUUCCUCAGCCAAUUAAUAAAGAUACUAUCAUGAAUCAAAAACAAUAAUAUGUGUCAUACUUUGCCCUGUAGAGAAGUUAAUGUUUCCUUUUAAACAA